UCUUAGUGGAUGCUUACACAAUGAUCGAAAGUGAAAGGUUGUUCUUCAUACGUGGCCACCAAAAAAACCUACGUUGUGAAACGUUCGAGAAUCUAAAGAAUGUAAAAAACGGUGGAGGUUUAAACGGCUCAAACGUUGGUACACCUGUGAUAUUGCCCUCAUCUUUUACUGGUGGAGCUAGAUACAUGAUGCAAAACUAUCUAGACGCGAUAUCACUAUGUAAGUGGUUUGGGUACCCAGAUUUUUUUAUAACCAUUACGUGUAAUCCCAAAUGGCCUGAAGUCAAGAGAUUUCUUAAAGACACCACCUUAAAGGCCGAGGAUAGGCCAGACAUAUUAUGCCGAUUGUUUAAAAUUAAACUUGAUGCUUUUGUUAAAGAUUUGAAGGACAAAUCCAUUAUUGGAAAAGUUCUAGCCGUUGUUUACACUGUAGAGUUUCAAAAGUGUGGACUUCCCCAUGCUCACGUGUGUUUGUUUAUGCACCCUGAUGACAAGGUUCCUACAGUUGAUAAGAUCGAUCCCGUGAUUUGUGCUGAGAUUCCUGAUGAAAUCGAAGAUCCAGAAUUGUAUUUGCUUGUAAAGGAACACAUGAUGCAUGGACCUUGCGGUGCUGAUAAUUUCAAUUCUCCAUGCAUGAUAGAUGGAAAGUGUUCAAAAAAGUUUCCUAAGAAAUUUUUGGAGCAUACCUCAAUUGACAGUAAUGGUUUUCCAAUGUACAGAAGGCGAGAUUCUGGUAAAGAAAUUUACAAAUAUGAUGUUAGAAUGGACAAUAGGAAUGUGGUUCCAUAUAACAAAACCUUGCUUAAACGAUAUCAAGCACAUAUAAAUGUCGAAUGGUGCAACCAGGCUGGUUCUAUCAAAUAUUUGUUUAAAUACAUAAACAAAGGUCCAGACAGAGCUACCCUUUUGUUGAAACAAGGCAACAACGACGAUCCCCUUAAUGAGGAUACUGAUGAGAUUAAAGAAUAUUACGAUUGUAGAUAUGUAUCUGCAUGCGAAGCGUCUUGGCGUAUCUUUUCUUAUGAUGUUCAUUAUCGGACUCCGUCUGUUAUCAGGCUACCUUUCCAUCUUCCAGGACAACAAAACGUUGUUUAUGGUGCUGAAGAAGAUAUAGACGACGUUUUUAGCAAACCUUCAAUUGCUUCUACUAUGUUUUUAAAGUGGAUGGAAGCUAAUGCAACAUAUCCAGAAGCACAACAUCUAACAUACGUUGAAUUUCCAACAAAAUUUGUAUGGAAGCUUGAAAGAAAAAGUUGGGAACGAAGGGAAAGAGGCUUCUCUAUUGGUAGAAUUCAUGUUGUGUCACCCGCUCUUGGUGAAGCAUACUUUUUAAGGAUUCUUUUGAAUAAAGUUAAAGGCCCAAGAUCAUUUGUUGAGAUUUUGACAGUCAAUAAACAGAUAUGCAAAACUUUUAGGGAAGCAUGUUACAAACGAGGUCUUUUGGAGGAUGACACUGAAUAUAUUGAGGCUAUUCAAGAGGCAAGUCACUCAGGAUCUGGGUAUUUUCUACGGUCUUUGUUUUCGACAAUGUUGCUUAAUGAGACUUUAUCUAGACCUGAAUUUGUUUGGCAAAAAACAUGGCAGUUCCUAUCUGACGACAUUCUCUACAAACAACAAAUGCUACUAAAAAGUCCAGAGUUAUCACUUACCGACAAUCAAAUCAAGAACCUUACACUAUUUGAAAUUGAGAGAAUAUUACUUCGUAAUAACUCAACUUUGAAAAAGUUUCCAGCAAUGCCAUUUCCUGAUUCUGAUUUUGUUUCAAAUUGCAACAAUCGAUUGAUUACCGAAGAGCUAUCUUAUGAUAUCGAUAAUCUGAAGACCGAUGUUGUUACUCUCAUUAGUGCGUUAACAGAUGAGCAAAGACAUGUCUAUGAUAAUAUUAUGACAUCUGUUACACGAAAUAAAGGAGGUGUGUUUUUUGUAUAUGGUUACGGUGGUACUGGAAAAACUUAUUUGUGGAAGACAUUAUCAACAGUACUCAGAUCUAAAGGAGAAAUUGUUUUAAAUGUAGCUUCGAGUGGAAUUGCAUCUUUGUUACUAACCGGAGGCAGGACCGCACAUUCCCGUUUCUCUAUUCCUUUAAAUCUAACCGAAGACUCUAUGUGUUUUAUUAAGCCAAAUAGUGAUGCUGCAGAGCUACUAAAAAAAGCCUCCUUGAUUAUUUGGGACGAAGCUCCAAUGACUCACAAACAUGCCUUUGAAGCCCUAAAUAGAACAAUGAAUGACAUUUUGAUCUCUGGCAAUCAUAGCAGCUCAAACAUCAUGUUUGGAGGUAAGGUCGUUGUUUUUGGUGGAGACUUUAGGCAGAUUCUUCAUGUGGUACAAAAUGGAAGCAGGCAUGACAUUGUUAAUGCGUCAUUAUGUUCUUCUUAUAUUUGGUCAAACGUCAAAGUCUUAAGGUUGACAAAGAACAUGAGGUUAUCUUUAGGGAUCGACUCUACAAACAUCAAGGAAACUACUGCUUUUUCAAACUGGCUAUUAGACAUCGGAGAAGGAAAAGUUGGUGAAGCAAAUGAUGGUGAAUCAACUAUUGAUAUACCUGAAGAUCUUUUAAUUGGUGAUUCUUCUGAUCCUAUUAUUGAUUUAAUUAACUUUGUCUAUCCUUCCAUUCUUGAUAGAUUCCAUGAGCCUAACUAUUUUGACGAUAGAGCCAUUUUAGCACCUACAAAUGAGGUUGUUCAAUCUAUCAAUGAUCGCUUGAUGUCUUUGUUUCCUGGCGAUGAAAAGGAGUACUUAAGUUCAGAUUCAAUUUGUCAGUCAGAUCAUGUAAACGAAACUUUUGAUGAAAAGCUCUACUCACCGGAUGUUUUGAAUGGACUUAAACUUUCAGGUGUACCUAAUCAUCAGUUAGUUUUGAAGGUGGGUGUUCCAAUAAUGCUACUUUGAAAUAUUGACCAAAAGAAUGGUUUGUGUAAUGGUACAAGACUACGAGUACUUUAUCUUGGUAAUAGGGUGAUUGAAGCUGAGAUUAUAUCUGGUGCUAAUAUUGGUACAAGAACUUUCAUCCCUCGCCUUAGUCUGUCACCAUCUGAUAAGAAAAUUCCUUUCAAGUUCAAAAGAAGACAGUUUCCGGUUGCUGUUUGUUUUGCAAUGACUAUUAACAAAAGUCAGGGACAAUCAUUAUCCAAGGUUGGAUUGUAUCUCAAAGAUCCUGUUUUCUCACAUGGUCAACUUUAUGUGGCACUAUCAAGGGUUAAAAGUAGAGCCGGUUUAAAGAUGCUGAUAACAGAUAAAGAUGGCCAUGCUACAAAUAAGACCACAAAUGUUGUAUACAAAGAAAUUUUUGGAAAUUUGUAGUCUUUUUUGUUCAUUUAUCAUUUGUUAAGGAAACUUUUGCAUUUAUUUUAUUUAAACUGUUUUGAAUAUAAAGUUAUAUGUGUUUUCUUUUUUUACCGUUCAAUCCGUGUGACACACGGGUAAUAACCUAGUUUAA